CCGAUUGGCUCCGCUUCCUCCUUCACGCCGGGAAGCUUGUCGCCAUGGUGACGAGGCCUACUCGCCCGCCGCGACCACGAUGGAUUACACGGGCAGCUCCUACCACGGCGGGCGCGUGAACGGCAGGUUGGAAGGCACCGGAACGUACACCCUCCCGACCGAAACCAAAUAUGUCGGCGAGAUGAAAGACGGGAUGUUCCAUGGCAACGGGACUUUGUUCUUCCCCAGCGGAAGCAAAUACGAAGGGACUUGGGAUAAAGGAAUAUCCAUAGAGGGGAAAUACACCUUUGCGGAUGGGCUGGAGUAUCAAGAGCAGAAGUGGCAUUAUUGCGACGGCUACGACAGAAGGUUUUACACCGAAAUCUGUUCAGGCUUGAAGCCAGCAGGCAUUUCCCAGCUGACCAACCUGGACCCUCCUCGGGUCAUCCCCCCGGGCUGCUACGACUGUGGCGACGGCUUCUACAACCCCAAAACGAGAGUCGUAAACGACUACAAGCACCGUUUCUUGAGGAAUGCAGACGACGACGAGCACGAGUGGAUCGUCCGGACCUGCCGCAAAGGCUGGGACGAGUUCAUUGGCUUCAAGGCCAAGGGGGGAGCGGCGGCGCUGCUUGAGGAAGGCGAAGAGAAGAAAGAAGAGAAGGAGACUUUCCCCUGAAGCCUUUCCCCACUUCGCUUCCCUUCGUGGGGGCCCCCGCACCUAUAAUUUCUCCAUUAAGGUAGUUUUUGUUACCUUUCCCGAGCAAAAUAAAGCGUAGAGCCGCACUUCAUCAUCA